CAUAAAAACAUGAACAACGUCCUAAAAUAAGUCUUUCGCAGCUGGAAGCCCAAUAUAAACGGAAUAAGAUCUUCCUCCUUCGCAUAGGGUCACUCUAACUGGGACGUGCUUUAAGAAUAUUUUUAUUUAAUAAUUAAUUAAUAAAUUAAAGUUUCAUUUGCGCUUUACACAUGGACGGCAUUAACAAGUUCAACGAAUUUGCGGCGCUGCACAGGACGCAACUGGAAUCAUCAGCGAUUCCGGUGCACUUUUGGCCAGCUCUUUACCGGAAACUGUCCACGGACAUCUUCGAUGCCGGAGAGGCACUGCAGUUGAUGUUGAUCGACUACGAUGAGGAUGAGGAGCAAGAUCCCGCCCAGGACGACGACAGUCCCAAUCCGGUGUUCGCACUGGGUGUGGUCCGGGAGCAAGGCGUUAAGGCGGGUGAUCCGCAGGCCAUCUAUUUGGUGGAUCAUGCCUGGACGUUUCGGCUGAACAGCGCUCGGCAGCAAUUGGAGCAGCAUCCGCAACUGGCGGACCGAAUGUCGGCCAUCACCGGCGUGGAUCUAGAGCUCGAGGAUCGGAUCGAAAAGAUACUGCGCCGCCUGUGGAAAUACUGCCAAGCCUACUCCAUCGGCAGCGAGGGACUGUCGGAUGAGGACCGCCAGCCCAUCUGGUAUGUAAUGGACGAGGUGGGCUCGGCGGUAAACCACUCCGAUGAUCCGAACUUUCGGCUUGUACCGCUGCUCUACCUAAACACCCAGACUACGUACAGUGUACUUUUUCCUAUUCGGGAUUGCGAGGCCGGAGAUCAGGUCACCCGCGAUGUGGUGGAAUACGUGGCCAAGGAGGCGCCGCAGCGGGCUGCCCUUCUUCUCCCCUGGCGCGACGCCGAUCUCACUGGCGAGAGUUUUCUACAGGUUGAGCCCCAAUCCGAUUACUUCACCAGUGGUCACACCCCUGAGACUUAUCCCAAAAAUAACACGGAUCCUCUGCCCGCUAGGUUACGCUGCGAUCCCCUGAAGGUUUAUGCCCAGUAUGAAGUGGUGCGACAGCAUCUCACUUCGCCUGAGUUUAUCUUGGUGAGCAACGAAGACGAGGCGGAUGUCCUGUGGCUUACGCACCACUUCAAGAACUUUGAGGAGUUCGCCGCCCAGUCGCCUGGCAAGUUCAUCAAUCAGUUUCCUUUCGAGUACGUGAUCACCAUUAAGGAUCUGCUAAGCAUUGUGGGUCGUCGGGCGGCGAAGGAGCACCACAAUGGCCUCACCUUGGAAACAUACCCGAGUUGGCUCCCCACCACCUAUAACUUAUCCACGGAACUCAAGGAGUUCGCAGCUUAUUACCAAGCAAGAGCAGUUAAGGGCCUGGACAACCACUGGAUCGUCAAGCCCUGGAACCUGGCCCGCGGUCUGGACACUCACAUCACGGACAACAUCAAGCAGAUUGUGCGUCUGCCGGCCACUGGACCAAAGAUUGCCCAGAAGUACAUUGAGCGACCAGUUCUCUUUAAGCGAGAGGAACUGGAGGGAAGCGUCAAGUUCGAUAUUCGCUAUGUAAUACUCCUAAAGAGCGUUAACCCCCUUAAGGCGUAUGUAUACCGCAAGUUCUUCCUGCGCUUUGCCAAUCAUCCGUUCUCGCUUGAUCAUUUCGAUGACUACGAAAAGCACUACACGGUAAUGAACUACCAGGAAGAGGCGCAGCUACAUCAUGUCAAGUGCGACGACUUUUUGACUCUCUGGCAGGAGCAGUAUCCUAAUAGCGAUUGGUCGGCUCUAGAGCUGCAGAUCUGUAAAAUGCUGGAAGAGGUGCUGCAGUGCGCCAGACAAGCAGAUCCGCCCUGCGGACUGGCACCCUGUGCCCAAUCCCGAGCUCUGUACGCUGCUGACAUUAUGCUCCGGUGGAAAGAUGAUGAGGAGAAGGAGAUCGAGCCGCAGUUGCUGGAGAUCAACUGGACUCCCGACUGCAAACGGGCCUGCGACUACUAUCCCGACUUUUUCAACGACAUCUUUCGGCUGCUUUUUCUGGACGAAGACAACGACGACUGCUUCCGGCUUCUGACGGCAGACAAUUGACGAAAAUCAAUUAAUAAACAUGAUUGCCUAAUGCUUAA